CGAUUACAUCAUCUUCUAGUGCUUCUUCGUGACAGCAAUGGCUCAAAAUGCUUUGCUGUGGACAGAGGACAGCCAGUUCAGAGAGGACAAUAGAGAGGUCAUCGAGAUGUGUACGCCCGCCAACACACCUGCAACACCACCAAACUUCCCCGACGCACUCACCAUGUUCUCGCGACUCAAAGCCUCAGAAAGCUUCAACAGCAGCAGUCCCAGCAUGGCCACCUCGCCCCCUCCACCUCCAGUCAGCUGGGGCAUGACCCCACCCGUGCCCAACCAGCAGGGCUUAUGGACUCAGGGGCCUUCCCCUCAACAGGCCCAUCCACCCCCCGGCUGGCCCUCAGCUGUCAACCAGCAAGCGGCAACCGAACAGAAGGCAAGUGUCGCCAUGGAGGCCGAGAGAUGAGGGCCCGGACUAGACUAGAGGAGUGAGGGCAGGGGAGAGAGGUUUAGGGGAGGGUCAGGGGAACUCAUUUUUCUCACUCACCAAACAUGGAGGGGGGAGAGAGCUACACCAAGAAUAACCAAGCAACAUGGACAUAUACAGAAGAGGAGAGAAAGUUAAUACAAAGGUAAGAAGAGAAAUGAAACAAACGCACAUUGUAUUACUAAGUAACAGAGCAACUGAAAAAUACUGAAAUUGUUUUCUAUAAUAAAAGUGUAGUUUAACAUAUAUGGGACUAUGAUCAUUGCGCCAUGGAUUAUUUCUGGUAUCUUCUGAAAGAUGGACUUUUAUCAUCUAAGGCAGUGAUUUUUCUCAUCUUUAACUUUUUAUUCUUUUAUCUGGUGUUCUUUCUUUAUGCAAGACCUGUUGUUCAUUACAAGAGUUGACAUUGCAUGUGCAUUUGCAAGAUCUGUUUUUGCCGUUUUUAACUAAAUAGUAUUCCUUGCAAACAUUGAUGUGUACAGUUUGUGACACGAACACAUACUCAAACAUCAAGUGUAUUGGACUUACAUUUCCUAUCCCCAUUGGAUAAUGGGACUUUUCAUACCUCACUGGUCACCUGACUCUACUCAACCAAUCAGGGAAUCUCACUAGGAUAUUUUUUCGAACUCGAACCGGAUUUCACAUAACGCUUUGCUUUAUCCAUCAUGCAGUGACUCACUGAUGUUACCCAAGAUUGUAUGUAUUGAUCUGUUGAUUUAUUGACUAAAAGAGCUGGAUAUUUUAUAAUCAUGGUAAAAUGUAUUAUUUAAACCUUUUUGGGGGGAGGGGGCACGAGGGGAGCAAGCUGGUUAGUUGGUGUAGGGGUGUUUGAUGAAACUGUUGAUUCUUAGUUGGGGAGGACAAAUCCAAGUCGCUAAAAGCGACAAAACUAGACUACUAUACAACAUUUUUGUAAGCAGACUUGCCACUUUGCAUGACGUAUUCAUAUGUAUAUCAUAAUUUGUAGUUUCUUGCUUUUGGGGGGAAUUCUACAUGAACGCUUUUCGAGAAUACUGUCUCAUUAGGUGUUACAGAGAGAAUGAUAUCUCUAAUUCAGGGUAUAGGUUCCAUCAGCUUUUCUAUUGCCCUUUAUUUAAUAAAGUAUUUUAAUGUCAUUUUAAUUGUUUCUUAUUGGAUGCAAACAAUCAUUUUCAAGAGGGAAUGCUAUCAGUAACUUAUCAUACAGUUUAGUUUUCAUUUUCCAUUUAAACCAAUUUCUGAUCAAAACUUGUCUUUUGGUGUCACUUGUUCCUAAAUGGGUUUCCAUGUAUGUUUUCCCCUGUAUGACUGUAUUGAUGCCAUUCCCACAAUAUUUGUGGACUACCUGAUAAUUAACUUCAAUCAUUGUUUUUAUUCCUAAAUAAAUAUUGUAUGUCCUA